UGGGAUUAAACAUGUUAAAUUUAAUUGUACAAUGUCAUGUUACAAGAAAAAGAACCUAUACCUAAGUUAUAACUUAUGUAUACUUAAGUUAUACCAUUACACUUUUUGAAGGUAGUCACCUUUAACAAAGAACCAAACAUACAUAAUACUACCAUUGGAAUGACUACUAAUACUUAUAUCCCAAUUUAAAGUACUGAAAAGCAAAAAACCAUUCUGACAUUACCCAUGCCAUUUUGAGUAAGAAUAUCUCAGUAACUACAAAUAUAACCCUGCUGCUUUUUUGUACAGUGAUAGAAGACAGAUGGAACUGUCUUGUUGAAAAAUUUGGGGUCUCUGGUACCUGUCCCACACUGAGAUUUUUGCCACCAAAAAUAGCAAUUAACUCAUUGGCUGCCAGCCGUUUUCAGAGCAAAGAGCCCCCGACUGCCAGAGUUUUUAAGAAUUUUGACAGAUUUUUCAAGAUCUACAGAAUAUCAAGUUUUUAGACUACAUAAACAUUGAAACUAUUGAAAGAAAGUGUAGAUUCUCUUCUUUCAUCAGGAAAAACAAUUUGUUUCUAGGAUUUUCGGUUCUAAAGUUAUCGGCAGCAGAACAUAGGGUAGUUUCAGCAAAAACAGCUGUUUUUGACCAAAAAACAGAGAUAACGAGCUUUUUCUGCAGAGAGGCACAUCAAUCACUUUGAUGCCAAUAUUUUUUGGUUUAGUGACAUCCCACACAACUGAACAGUUGUUUACUUAUAUGAAACAACAAAAACAACUCGGAAAAAGCAUUUUGAGGUCAACUUUUUAACCUUUUGUUAGCUAAAUCAUUUAUUUACAAACAAACAACACAAGUCAACAUUUUGGUUCAGAACAAUACAUCUUACAAAAAUAUAAACAAAAUAUUUUUAGGUGUGUGUGUGUGUGUGUGUGUGUGUGUGUUUGUUUGUGUGUGUGUGUGUGUGUGUGUGUGUGUGUGUGUGUCUGUCUGUGUGUGUCUGUGUGUCUCUGUGUAUGUGUGCUCGCUCUAAACUCAUCUGACUCGGCUUCGUCAGAUGAGCUCAAGAGAGCGGUGGUGGCGAAACAGAAACCGAAAACUAGCGCAGCUUUGAUCACCAGCGGCUGUUGGUAACGGCACUUUUUGCUGUCGCCCCACCAUGGUCACGGUCUUUGUCAUUCUUUUGGCCCACCGCAACACUCUCACAUUCCAAAACUCCACGAUUUUCACCGACAAGCUCCGCCAGACUGUCCUGCAGCCCCCCCAGUCAAAAAACAUGAUUGACGUCUAUAGACGUCAUUGGCAGCGAAUGAGUUAAAAAUCUCGUCCAACUUUGGGAGCUCAUAUUUUCCAAACUGAGGUACCUAGAAAGCUCCAGUUUGCUAAGUUAUCGCACAAGUUUGUGUAGAAUGGAACCCAGGGGUGUCAGAACACUUCUGUGCAGUAUUUCUAGUACUUUUAAGGUCCCAAACCCCACUCAUGAGUAGGUAUGUCUUAAUUUUGUAGCAUUUUUAUCAAGCCCCCACGGCCUGCAGAGUGUAGGGAAACACCUGGGGAUGUUUGUGGGGCACUAGCUACAUGCAGAGGCCUUGUUUACCAACUCACAGCUCUCUGGUAUGUCUACAGGCUGAGAAAUAACCACUUAAAGAUGCACGAAACGCUGGUGAGGCAUUUUAUAGCCCAAAUUCUGAAAAUUUCAGACCCCCACAACUCAGAAACUAUUUGAGCUACAGGCCUACAAUUUUGCAUAGAAAGUACUUUUGUGACUGUCUAAUGGCAUACAAAUUUAGGACUAAUUUGAAGAUGGUGCAGCAACACCCCCAAUGAAUAUCUGGUCUUUUCACCUGGAAUGACUCUGUUAAAGGUUUUACCCCCUGCAGAAAAGGAGAGACAUGACACAUGGUUUAAAGCAAAAUUGCGAAGUAUAAAUGAAUUUAUGGAAAAUGUGAACCAAUGGAUUGACAAUUCAGACAUUCUCAAACCUGCUGAAACUAAAAAUAAUGAAGAUUACGAUGAGAAUGAAGUGAAACCUAGUGACAGCAUUUCCAAUAUUGAAACAAACACUUCUGGAACAAGAUCAAGCAGAAGAAGUAUCACCAGCUCAAAACUCAGCAGAUCUUCCACUUCAUCAGCACACAUCCAGGCUCCAAGCUCGCUACAGCUUUAAAGGAUAAACAUUCGCUGGAGGAGCAAAGAAAGGCUGGAGCUGGAUACAGAGAUGGCAGCUUCUAAUGCUAAACUAGCAGUGUUAUCAGCUGCUAGUCACCACGAUCAUUCAAAUGCAAUGGAAUCCUAUUUUAAAAAGGGAAAGGUGUUAAAGGACGCUUCCACCAGUUACAACCAUCAUGAAAAAGGAGCAAGAUUAAAGGAAACAUCUACAGUUCUAAAUUCUCAGACGAAAGAGUUUCAACCUACCUUUGUGGACUCAUGGCAGUAACAACAAUUCAUGCAACAACAUAAACAACAUGCAUACAAAGAUGCACCACAAAUCAAUCAGGACACGUUACAAACUAAAACAGCAAGAUUUGGAAAAGGAGUGAGCACACCUCACGUGGAAUUAACAAAUCCUAAUGUCAUUCAGGCUGAAGCACCUCUUCAAAUAAAUGAUGAAACAUCAGCGCUCAGCAAUUUACUGCAAAGGCAAAAUGAAAUCUCAUCGUUGCUCAUACAACAGCAAACUGCUCCUUUACUUCCUCCAAGAGAAAUUCCAUUCUUUGACGGUGAUCCUCUGCAGUACAAAACAUUUGUCAGAGCAUUUGAACAUUGUGUCGAGAGAAACGCCAACAACAAUGGAGACCGUUUGUCUUUUCUGGAGGAUGUUAAAUCUCUUCAAGCAUAUGCAUUAUUUCUGCAUGAAUGUUGUAAUGCUAUGGAGGACGUUCAAUACAUGAGAGAACUGGAUAUGCCAGCAAACAUGAGAGCAGUGAUUUUAAACCUUCCAUACAAAUUAAGAGAAAAAUGGAGAGCUGCAGCAUGUGAGAUACUGGAAGGAUCGAGUCGCAGGGCACAGUUUAUUGACAUUGUAACCUUUGUAAAACAUCAAGUCAAAAUUGUGUCCGACCCAAUCUUUGGAGACAUUCAAAACUCACAACCUGGUACAGUGAGUAAAAAUGUGAACAGGAUGAAAUUACAGCCAAAAUCAAGAUUUAAAGGAAACAGUUUUGCAACCGCUGCUGCCACCAUUGAAGCACCUGCAUUUGAGGAAUCCAGAAAGUCUGACCAAGUUCAGCAGCAAGGUGUCUCACCAAAACAAAAUAGUGUUUGUGUAUGUUGUGGUCAAGGACAGCCACUUCAGCAGUGUCCAAGAUUGUCCAAAAAAACGUACAGGGACAAAAUAAACUUUCUAAAGGAGAAAGGAGUCUGCUUUGGCUGCCUAUGCACUGGGCAUAGGAGCAAGGACUGGGGUAAGCGCCUGACCUGUAAGAUAUGCAGCCAAAACCAUCCCAGUGUUCUUCAUAUCAGCCAAAAGGACAAAGCAAACAGCACAGACCCUCAACAAUCCAAGGAACCAUCACUGAGCAGUGCACUUGUUUCUCUGCAAACACAUGACCAUACAGGGGCCGGAAAUGAUGAAGGCAUUCUUUCUAUUUUGCCAGUUCGGAUAAAGGCUAGCAAAGGAGACAAGAUCAUCCAAACCUAUGCCUUUCUUGAUCCAGGCAGUACAGCUACAUUUUGGAAGGAAAGCUCAAAUCAGUCUGUGCACUAUGGGCUCAAGAACAUCCAUUUCCAGUUACAGGCUAACAGGUUUGGAGAUCUCAGGUCUCACUGGAAACCAGUUCUAUGACUUACCUGAGGUCUACACCCAGAAGAGGAUGCCUGUAAGUACAAAUAAUAUCAUAAAAGAAGAGGAACUGGCUAAGUGGCCAUAUUUGGAUGGUGUGGAUGUUCCUCGUAUCCAAGCUGAUGUGGAGUUAUUGAUAAGCACCAAUGCCUCCAAAAUGCUUGAACCCUGGGAAGUGAUUAAUAGCCAUAGAAACAGACCAUGAAAACCCUAUUGGGGUGGGUUAUAAAUGGCCCCCUGCAAUGCUGCCAUGAUGAGCGAUGUGAGAGUGGCCACCCCGCUGCUACAGUCAACAGGAUCUCCAUAGAAAGGCUGGAGGAAUGACUGAAUAAUCAGUACAAUCAUGAUUUUAAUGAAAACACAUCAGGAGACAAAAAGGAGAUGUCAAGUUCAUGGAAAUCAUGAAAGAUUCAGUGAAGCUUCAAGACGGACAUUAUACCUUGAGGCUUCCCUUUAAGGAAGAAGUCUCUCUGCCAAAUAAUUACUGUAUUUGUUUGUUUAUUUAUUAGGAUCCCCAUUAGCUAUACCUUUUGGUUAGCUAUUCUUCCUGGGGUCCUUAAAAAUUCUUGUAUUUACAAAAGAUCAUUACAAUUAACAUUUAUAAACAUCAUGACAGUUUAAAAUUACAUCAAUAUCAUACAAUCAUACAAUCAUGUAUUGCCAAGCAGCACAUUUUUGGGUUGAAGAGGAGGUUUGAGAGAAAUGAAAAGUUCCAUCAGGAAUACACCACCUUUCUCAGUGACAUGAUCAAAGAAGGAUAUGCUGAACGUGUGCCUGAGCAUGAGUUGGUGCCAUCUGAUGGUAAGGUGUGGUACAUCCGCACCACGGAGUCUACCAUCCCAAGAAGGGAAAUCUUUCUGUUGUAUUUGACUGUGGAGCUGAGUUCAGAGGAAAAUCUCUGAACAGUCAGCUUCUACAGGGCCCUUACCUCACCAGUUCUCUGCUAGGAGUCCUCACACGGUUCAGACAAGAACCUGUGGCUGUGAUGGCUGACGUUCAGUCCAUGUUCCAUCAAGUCAGGGUAGCUCAAGAUGAUAGCAAUGACCUGCGUUUCUUGUGGCGGCCUGAAUGGGAUUUAAAGCAAGAACUUGUAGAAUAUAGGAUGACUGUACAUCUGUUUGUGUUUUCACCCAGCUGUGCUUGCUAUGCUCUACGAAAAACUGCAGAAGAUAACCAGACCAGUUUCUCAGCAGAAGUCGCUGGCAGUCAAUCAGAACUUUUACACGGACAACUGUCUAAAGUUUGCCAUCAGAGGAAGACGCUAUUGAGAUGGUCCGAGAUUUGACAGCCGUUUGUCAGAAGGGAGGCUUCCAUCUGACAAAAUGGAUUAGCAACAGUCGUGGUGUACGACUAUCCAUUCCAGAAAAAAACAAAGAUCCAAGAUUUUGCAUGAGUUGGAUUUGGAUAGAGACCAAUUACCUGUGGAGAGAGCCCUUGGCCUCAGUGGUGUGUUGAAGUUCAAGUUCAAGAUGGCAUUCAAGGAAAAAUCCCAUACUAGGCGUGGGAUUAUAUCGGUGGUCGGAAAGAAGAAAAAAAGGAAACGAAAAGGGGUAUUUGGGUAUUUGAUUUCUUGAUUUAUUUUAAAUUAUUUAUUGUCUCCAUUAUGUAAAUAUGUACUGAAUUGUGUAUGCCCUCCUGCCAUUAACAAUUAGGGGCCGGUGUGUUGGAGCCAUUAUUUAUGUUCAUUAUGUUUCUUUAUUUUUACUAUGGACUGGCCAUAUUUUAAGUUUUGUGUUGAUCUGUAGGAGGAGCUUGGGUCCUGGGUUUUAAAAGCUCCAGGUAAUCAGGUCAGGUGUGUCGGAUGGAGAGCAAACAGUUUCUGACCAUGCCAGCGUGGCACUGUGAUAGAUAAUUGGUUUGUUUGUUCUUUUUACAAAAUUAAAGGAAAUAGUUUACUUAAUGGACAAUGGCUAAAGAAAUAAACGGAUUGAUAUAUCCAAAGAACUGUGUGGAGGACAUGUUUGUUGGAUUUGUUUGCCCAGAGCACGCAUCCAGAAGUAACAUCCCCUCCGCUCCACAGCGACCUUUAAACUGGGUUAAAGGCUGCUACAAAUGAUGUCAGACAAGUGUGUUUGUUCACAACAAAAAGAAGGACGGACCUGGGGCGUGGAAACCCCAGAGCCACAGAGAAUAAAAGACAGGGCAUCAGAGGGCAGAGACAGAUUUACCCCGGGGUAUCUCUCAGAGUGAUUUGACCUGUGCUGCACAGAAUAAACACUUUAUUUUUGAAUCUGAAGAUUGCUCCAAGACUCUUCACUGUUUUUCUUUGGUGAGACUGCUGCAACUGUUAUUUUUGACUAGAGAUAUUUUUUAGUAAAUGAGGACCUAGAAUAAAGACAGAAGACUUAAAUUGUGAAGAAAUUGUUUAUACACUACAAUUGGAAAAAUACUCAACACACCCUUCAACACCUUGCACCACAUCAUUCCCACACAGCCACAUACACACUACUGAUUUUACAGACAAGACACGCCAUGUUUGCAGUUAUUCUUUGGUUUACCUGACUUUAAUUUGUAAUAAAUGACUUGAUUAUUGUGGAAAGCAGACUCCUCCUGUUCUUUAGUCAUGGCCAUUGAGCCGGGUUAUGACAUUAAUUAUAACUAUAACUAAUGUAACUAAUCCAAGUACAGUUACUGUAACUGUACUUAACAAACUGUAAAUAAUAGAAUAAAAUGAAAAACAGAAUAAAGUGACUCACUGUGUCCAGCUGUCUCUUUGGUCCUCCUUCCUCCUUAAACUCUCAGCAUCUCCUCUGGACUUCCUCCUCUUCUGAUAAAGUUUCUGCCCACAGCCAAUCAGAGAGCAGCACCGUGAUGUCACAGCAGCUGUCAGUAGCUGCAGGAAGGAGGUUCAGGUUCAUUCAGACCCAUGUGGUUUAAAGGAAAGCAGCCGCUGCAGCGCAUGCUUUACGAGAAGCUGCUGCAAGGAUUAAUGCGACUGCAGACAGGAGAAAACAAAGAACAACUAAAGACUGUGGUUGAUGAAACCAACGGAAAUCAGUCAUUGUGAAACAGAAAACUCAGAGUUUCCUAUCUCAGAGAAGAUCAACUCAGAGUUUGUUAAACCUGUUUCGUGUUCUAUUGUGUCAUUGUCCUUUUGGAUGUGGCAAUGUGUUAAUAAACAUCCAAUGUGUUUA